GAGUCCUUGCCUUUCGGUGCCCCACCAAAACCAACUAAAAGGUGAAAAGCAAGAUUGCAAGAGAUGGGAUUCGUAUGUAUAAACAACGGCCCAAGAUUGAAUUAAACAACAUUAUUAUUGCAGUACCAGUUCCCAGUAUCAUACGAAAUGGCCUAUGUUCCCCAAGUGCUCGCAUUCAACAUCCCGGAGGUGAAAUUGAGCUCCUCCUCUGGUGGCCGGAACGUGCCUGUGAUAGGCAUGGGCACUAUGGCAGACCCCUUUGAUGAAACGGUUUUGAAAGAGGCAGUCCUGGAGGCUAUCAGGGUUGGUUAUAGGCACUUUGACACUGCCUCGCUGUACAGGUCCGAGAAGCCCUUGGGAGAAGCUUUAGCAGAAGCACUUAAACUUGGGCUGAUCGCAUCUCGGGAAGAACUAUUCAUCACUUCCAAGCUUUGGUGCACUGAUGCUCAUGCUGAUCUUGUUGUUCAUGCUCUCAAGAAUUCUCUAAGGAUGCUUCAGUUGGAAUACCUGGACCUCUAUCUCAUUCACUGGCCUCUAAGUGCUAAACCUGGAAAUAUUGGAUUUCCUGUACCCAAAGAGGAACAACUAGCAAUGAAUUUCAAGUCAGUGUGGGCAGCCAUGGAAGAUUGCCAGAGGUUUGGCCUCACGAAGUCUAUUGGAGUCAGCAACUUCUCAUGCAAGAAGCUCGAAAACAUACUCUCCUUUGCUACCAUCCCCCCAUCUGUAAAUCAAGUGGAGAUUAGCCCUCUUUGGCAACAGCAGAAGCUAAGAGAGUUCUGCAAGGCCAAAGAUGUUGUUGUAACUGCUUACUCUCCUCUGGGAGCAAAAGGGACCCGUUGGGGCACCGAUGAAGUUAUGGAUAAUGCAACACUGAAGGAGAUUGCUAAAGCCCGUGAUAAGACUGUUGCUCAGAUUUGUCUAAGAUGGGCAUUUGAGCAGGGGAUAACAUUCGUGGUUAAGAGCUUCAACAAGGAAAGGAUGAAGGAGAACCUGCAGAUAUUUGACUGGGCAUUAUCGGACGACAAUUAUAACAAAAUCAAUGAAAUUCAGCAGCACAGAUUAAUGCCUAAACUGGAAAUGGUCUCACCUAAUGGACCAUUCAAGUCCCUGGAAGAACUUUGGGAUGGGGAGAUUUAACCUUAGCUGUCCUAUCCUUGCGGUGCUUUUGCAGUUUUUCUCCUAAAUUCAUCGUUCCUCAUUUAUCUAAUCGGUGGCUGCUGCAACACGAAUUGUCAGUUGAGCCCAAACCUUCCUCUAUAAGUUUGCUCGUAGUCUAUUGGGCUUAAAUCAGUUGGCCCUUCCAAUAAUUGGGUUUCCUGGACCUUCUUUAAGCCCUCCAGGCUCAUAGCCUGUUAAGGUUUAAGUUUUCGAAUCUAUAAUAGCUACUAUGAUAUUGGGCUCUCGAAACUGCAAUGAUAUCUAUGUUUAUAUAUAUCUAGAAAUGAGAUUGGAAUUUAUUCUUUUCACUAA